AUGGAGUCUGAAGCUUCCCUGGCUGAGCUCCAGGCACAGGCCAGCUGCCCCCUCUGCCUGGAUCACCUGAGAGACCCAGUGACCACUGAGUGUGGGCACAACUUCUGUCCCUCCUGCAUCCACCAGCACUGGGAAGAUCUACAGGACACCUUUCCCUGUCCUAUUUGCCUCCACCACUGCCCUGAUAGGAGCUUGAAGAGGAACCCCCAAUUAUGUGAUAUGAUGGAGAUUGUCCAGCAGAUUCCCACCUCAGGGAGCCAGAAGAAACUGCAGGAAGAAAUACCCCUGUGUGGGAAGCACAAUGAGGCUCUGACCCUGUUCUGUGAGGAAAACAUGGAGCUUCUGUGUGUCCAGUGCAAGGUCUCCUCCGACCACCAGGAUCAGCUCCUGAUCCCCAUUGAGGAAGCUGCAGCUAGUCACAGGAGGAUGCUCAAAAAGCAUAUGACGGUCCUCACUGAUCACCUUGAAAAUGCCAAGAGGGUAUAUAAAAUCCAAGUUGCAAAUACUUGGACAGUGAAGAGGAAGAUGAGAAAGUGGAGGAAGAAAUUGUACUUUGAAUGUGAAGAACUUCAAUAUUUCUUGGAAAUAGAGCAUGAGGAACUUGAUAAUGAUCUAUUUAUAGAAGAGAAUGAUGUCGAAGAAAAAUUUAUUGAAAAUGGAAGGCAAAUUUCAUACCAUAAGCACAGGCUAAGCCAUCUGUUAAGUGAAAUAGUAGAGAAAUAUUUUCAGACAGACCUGGACUUACUCACGGGUAUUGAAAGGAUCCACAACAGCUAUGGAAACCUAAAGAUGCCUGCAGUCUUUUCAUAUGAAUUAAAGAAGGAGAGUUGCAAUCUUCCCCUAGAUUAUGUGGGCCUGCAAAAAAUGACCCACACGUUUCAGGUAGAGUUGACACUGGAUCCUAAAACUGCCCAUCCAAGUCUCCUUAUCUCAAGUGAUAGAAAAAGUGUGACAUAUAAGAGACCAGGUGGUCAUUCCAAUCCUCAGAUACUUACUUCUUAUGCAGAUGUCCUGAGUUCUGAGGGAUUUGAUACUGGCAGGCAUGUUUGGGUGGUAAACAUAGGAGGCACAGGUAAAUGUUUAUUAGGUGUGUGUAAAGAAUCUAUCCCCAGAGAUACUCUCAGAUCAUCAUCCCCAAGCAAAGGAUGCUGGCAUCAUCAGCUCUGGAAUCGUACUGGAGAACGGAAAAUUGGCAUUUUCCUGGACUAUGAGUUGGGACAGGUUUUAUUUUAUAAUUUGAAUGACACGUCAUACAUGUAUGGAAUCACUGAGAAGUUUACAGGGAAACUUAUGCCUUAUUUCUCCAUUGCAUUGUCUUCAGAAUCUCUUACAAUCAGUGGCUUCAGAAUGAAGAGAUAA